GGAUCACUUCCACAUUUGCUUGCACGUCCUCUCUCUCUCUCUCUCUCUAAACUACACAAUAAUCCAUCUGUCAGCAUUCGUCGGCCCCAUAUUAUAACCCUCUCUCCCUCCAUUUUCUUGUUCUCAUCAAUCUCUCUCUCUCACCACCAUCUCCGCCGCCAUGAACGCCGGAUUCACCCGCCACCGCUUCGCCAACGACCUCGACGACUCCGAUUACUCCGCCAGCAACAGCGGCGGAGAUUCCCCGCGCUCCAAGAUCGCUUCCACUUCCUCCUCCAAAAGAAGUCGGAGAGCUUCACAGAAGAGAGUGGUGUCAGUGCCGAUCAAGGACAUGGAGGGAUUGAGGCAGAAGGGUGAUCAGAUUGGAUCUCCGCCGUCCGAUUCAUGGGCGUGGAGGAAGUACGGCCAAAAGCCAAUCAAAGGCUCCCCAUAUCCGAGAGGGUAUUAUAGGUGCAGUAGCUCGAAGGGAUGUCCGGCCAGAAAACAAGUGGAGAGGAGUCGAUUGGAUCCCAAAAUGUUGGUGGUGACAUAUUAUUGCGAGCACAACCACAAUUGGCCGGUUUCCAAGGCCAGCCACCACAAAACCGCCGCCGCCAGAAACGUCAAAACUCCGAUUUCGGAGGAGGAUGAGGAAGAGGAAGAGGAGGACGAGGAGGAGGAAGUGGAGAAGAAGCCUGCGAUUAAUCUAUCUGAUCAAUCUCACGACGAAUUCGAAUUCGCGGCGGCGGAUAACAAAUUCAGCAGUAGCAAUCACGGCGGCGAAUUCGGAUGGUUUGCUGAUUUCGAAUCGGCAAAUUGCACUAUGCUGGAGAGCCCGAUGCUGGCGGAGGAGAGGAUUAGUGCCGACAGCGAGAUGGCGAUGAUUUUCACGAUGAGGGAGGAGGAUGAGUCGCUCUUCGCCGAUCUCGGCGAGCUGCCGGAGUGCUCCACCGUGUUCCGCCGUGGAUUGGCGACCACCGGAUGAGGGAGGGCGGGUGAUGUGACUUAGAUUUUUAUUUAUUUUUAAUUAUUAAAAGAAAUGUUGAGAGAAGGUUCUUUUGUAAUUUUUUAAAUCUUAAUGUUAUUUUACUAUUUGCCAACAGUGUAGAGGUUAGAAAAAAGAUUUGUUUGUUUGGGUGGUUGAAGUCAUAAAUUAAAUCUCCUUGUAAUUAACUCCA